AUGGCCUGGGCGAACACUGGCUCAAAUCUCAAGUCAAAUGUCGAGGUUCAGCGCCUGGUCGACGACGUGUUGCUUGCGCCCGACUUCGACCUCGAGGACCUUCGACGCUUUCGUGUUACACGGGAACUCGAGCGGCUUGACAGCAUUGACAAGCCAGGCCAUGUUUUCUCCUCAUCGGAUGGCUGGCAUGAGACGUCCGUCAAGAUCCCUGUUCCGAAGGAGGGUAGCAGAUUCGCUUCCGAAGCUGCAGCACCAACGUUUGAGGUCGGUGAAGUCUUUGUCCGCAAACUCACCGAGGUUGUACGGUGUGCGGCCGAGGCGACGGACGCCUUCCGUUUCAACUGGCUGCCCUUCCGCAUGUACUGGCAUCGCAUCAAACAAGGUCCCCUGUCUACAGCAGCCGAAUCCGACUCUGGGAGCGACUCCGAUGGGGUGCCUGAGUACGAGAAUAUUCGCAUAUUCUCAGAUGUUCCGGACACCGACGCAAUGAUUGAGGAAGAUGCGCGUCUUCGCGCGCAACCUCGGAAUCCUGAAGAUGGCCCUGAGGUUGAGUACGCCAUCGCUCCUAUCCUACUCUGGUCCGACUCUACGCACCUGGCGAACUUCGGUGGUGCUCAUCUCUGGCCAAUCUACGUCUAUUUCGGCUGGCUCACCAAGUACAUCAGAGGCUGUCCGACGAAGUUUGCAGCCCAUCAUCUGGCGUACAUACCCUCGGACUGGUACCAGAACGUAUUCGGCACAUCUGCUACCGCCGAAACACUUCGCUUCUGCAGGAAGGAGCUUAUGCAUGCGAUCUGGCGGCUCCUGCUUGAUGAAGACUUCAUGAAAGCGUACCAUGAAGGCAUGCUAGUGUUGUGUGGAGAUGGCAUCCUUCGACGCCUUUUCCCUCGGUUCUUCAUCUACUCAGCAGACUACCCCGAGAAACCCGGACUUCAUUCACUCAUCAAUCGCGUUCGAAACUGGGUUUUCAAGCAGGGCUACUCACUCACGAGCAAGUUUCUUCGUCGCAUUAUUGAUCCUGUUUCCAUUCUUCCAACACGUAGCGCAUUCUCGGAACGCCUAGCCGACACAGGCUUCAAUUUCUACUCGUUAUUUGUUCCUGACAUCCUGCACGAGUUUGAGCUCGGAGUCUGGAAGGCAAUCUUCAUACAUCUCCUGCGUAUCUUAUAUGCAGAGGGUAAGGAUCGCAUUCAGAUUGUCAAUGAGCGCUUUCGCAAAAUCCCACCAUUCGGACGCAGUACAAUCCGACGAUUCUCGCGCAAUGUCUCUGGGCUGAAGCAAAUGGCCGGGCGAGAUUUUGAGGAUAUUCUGCAGUGUAUCAUGCCUGUGUUCGAAGGCCUGCUCCCUCCACCGCACGAUGACCUCGUGAUGAGCCUUCUCUUCACGCUCGCUUUCUGGCAUGCACUCGCCAAACUCCGCUUGCAUACUGAGGAAACAGUAGCGAUCUUUCACGGCGUCACCUGGGAGCUCGGCAGGACUACUCGUGAGUUCGCCGCAACAACUUGCGAAGCUUACGAUACCCAGGAGCUUCCAGCCGAGGAGGCAGCACGAGGCUGUCGAACAGCUGCUAUGCGUGCAAAGAAGUCCUCUAGAAGCAAAAAGAAGGUGUCGUCAUCGAAGGGUGCCACAAAGAAUGCGCCUGGACCGAAGCGCAAGACGCUCAACCUUAAGACAGGAAAGUGGCACAGCCUUGGUGACUACGCAUGGAUGGUAGGCUGGUAUGGGACCCAUGAUGUAGGAAACACGCAACAGGGGGAGCAGGAACACCGCCGUGUCAAGCGGUUCUACGUUCGGACGAACAAGAACAAGGCUGCACGUCAAAUAGCCCGCCGCCAGCGCCGUGAACAGCUUUUGACUCGAUUACUCGAGAAGGAUAGACAACGACGUGCUGAACUUACAGCUGGAACUCAACAAGCUCGGCCUCAAGGCAACGACACUGCACAAAAGCAGUCAUCAUUGAAUAAGACAGUAAACCGUCCUAGGAACGGUACACUCGCGGAUACAGCACGUCGUCGAGCAGCCCUCUGGCUCUCAGAAGAGGACCCGCUUCCCUUCCAUACCACUCCGAAGGAUCGCUAUCAUAUGUCAGACUCCGAACGCCAUCACGAGAACAUCUUCAGGUGGGCCAAUGCUCGACUCGGGGAUGAUCCAGCUUUAAGGAACUUUGUUCCGAACCUCAAAGACCAUCUUCUGUCUCGUCUUACAGGACGUGAGUACGAUGGCGACGAGGAUACCUUUGGCCCGGAUGAGCACGAUACCAUACAGUUUGUCAAUGACCGCAUCUACCUCCACAAGGCCCUCCGUAUCAAUUACACAACCUACGACAUGCGUCGCAGCCAGGACUCCAUCAAUCCACGCAGGCAGGCGGACGUCAUGCUCCUCGCACCACACGAAGACGAUGGAGACUCGCAAGCGAACGCCCAUCCCUACUGGUAUGCCCGAGUCAUCGGGAUCUUUCAUGUGAACGUGAAGCACCGCGGGCUUCUUUCGCGAUGUAAGGAUGUCCAGCGCAUGGACGUUCUCUGGAUUCGUUGGUUUGGUCGCGACCUCAGUGAACCCGGGGGUUUCAAGGCUCGCCGCCUCCAUCGCGUAGGCUUCAUUGAUUCUGACGAACCUAACGCUUUUGGUUUCCUCGACCCUGCACAAGUGCUUCGCGCAAGCCAUCUCAUCCCGGGCUUCACACAUGGCAAGACCACAGAGUACCUCCCACCUUCGAUAGCUCGUCAACCUGAGGACAACGACGAAGACUACAUAUAUCAUUAUGUCGGAAUGUUUGCUGACCGUGACAUGGUCAUGCGGUACCUCGGUGGCGCAGUUGGCCACAAAGGCCUGCCAUCGAACCGUAUCACCAUCCAGCAUCUGAUAGACAAGGUUCGCAGGUUCAUUCACCGCUGCUCUCAAACCCGAAGCAUUCGAUACCCGAAGGAGACCUUGAACUUGAACGAUGCGCUCGUGGACAAGCUUUGGGCAGACACAAAUGCGCCAAGUGCCGACUCGCCGGAUGUACCCAAGAACGACGCGAUGGCUGGUGGCGACGCCGAGGAUUCAGACACGGAGGAAGAGGAUGCAGUACCAAGUGACGAAGAAGACUUUGGGUAUGGCUGGGACUAUCCUGAAGAUCAAGAAGAUGACGAGACAGCAGGCGAGGAGCCAGUGGACGAGCAAGAGGUAGAUGACGAAGCGGAGCUUGGGCCGGAAGACGACUAUCCUCAGGAUGAUGAUGAAGAUGACGGCGAAGGCUAUGCGCCGCUCUGAUCGAACAGUGAGUGAGCACGUUGCUGUAGUAGUCACUCUCCGUAUUUACAUCAAGCUGAAAUGAUGUUCUGCGACUAGCCUACAUGGCGUACUACCCGACGUGGCAGAGGCUAUCAUUCUUGUAUCCUGGAAGUGACCGGCUGUGUAGAAGAUUCCCCGCCGUACUCUUACUAGUGGUGCGUCCGAGUCGAGCACCGAGUCUCACCGCCGCCGCGAGGUCACUUGUACUGAUUGUAUUUGCAGUGCUACUUACAAGUGUAUUAUCCCCACGAUGCAAUCUGACAUGCAGAGCAUAUUUACCAAGC